AUGUCAUUUAAAUCACCUUCAACCUUAAAUUUAAGUGCACAUUAUGAUUCACUAUGCAAUAUGGUGAUAAGACCGCCAAGAUGUCAGUAUACUCUAGAAGAUAUGGGUCCAAAGGCAUUUUCAAUUGCCGGUCUUUCUUUUGUUAGAAACGAUUUUGAACUUGUUAAUGGCAGAGGUUUACCAAUACAAUGUAGUCACUUUAAACCUGCUGAGUAUUGGUCAAAUGGAAAACAAUUACCAUGUGUUAUAUAUUGUCAUGGAAACAGUGGUUGUAGAUUAGAUGCAUUGGAGUGUGUGAGGACAUUGUUACCAAUCAAUAUUACGGUGGUUGCUUUCGAUUUCGCUGGCUCUGGUUUGAGUGGCGGUGAAUAUGUAUCGCUCGGUUACUACGAGAAAGAGGAUAUCGGAACGAUUGUAAAGCACCUACGUGAAACAGGCAAGAUUUCAACGAUAGGAUUGUGGGGACGUUCUAUGGGUGCUGUCACUUCGAUUCUCUAUGCAAAGGAGGAUCCUUCGGUUGCCGGAAUGGUACUGGACAGUCCGUUCUCGAAUCUCUCCAAGGUUGCAGAGGAACUGGUACUCUCGACCGUACAGAAGAUGCCCAAGAUAAUGAUUUCACUCGGUUUGAAAAUGAUCAGAGGAUCCAUCAAGAAACGUGCACACUUUGACAUCAAAGAUCUCGAUAUCGUACCGACAACCGAGCAGGUAUUCAUACCCGCCCUCUUUGCACAUGGUAAAGAUGAUACAUUUGUUAGACCACAUCACUCCGAGAAAUUAUUUGAAAAGUAUCAAGGUGACAAAAAUAGAAUACUUUUAGAUGGAGAUCAUAAUAGUGAUAGACCACAUUUCUUUUUCGAAUCAGUUUGUAUAUUCUUUGUAAAUACUCUUAAACCAGAUCCAAUCAUGAAGGAAGCAAAUUUCUAUUUUGAUGACGAAGAACAUGAUAUUUCAUAUGAAGAGCAACAGCUGAGAAAAGCUAUUUUACUAUCGAUACAAGAUCCAGCGUUUGUAAAUAACAGUAUAGAGUAUCAAGCGAUUAUAAAGCAACAACAACAACAACAACAGUUAUUACAACAACAGCAACAACAAGCUCAACAACAACAACAGCAACAACAACAACAACAAUCACAAAAUGGUCACAAUACACCACAACAUCCCGAAAACAUCAUAGAGACAUGCAGAAAAGAAUCAAUCAAUUCAACGACAUCUUCAGAAUUGUCAAAUAGCAACCACAACAACAGCUACGUUCAUAGCAAUGGAAAUAGUAAUGGUAAUGGUUAUAGCAACCACAACAAUAACAGUGAUUACACACCACCACUGCCUCCACCAACAGCAACCACUACAACAAAUUCAUCGACAACAACCACAACCAAUAUUGAUAAUCAGACACCUUCCACGACAUUGAAUGGAAACACCUCGAUAGAGUCAUCUACAACAACAACCACCACCACCACAACAACUUCAGCAACCUAA